CGUGUGUCCGGGAUGGGGAAGGAGCAGGAGCUGCUGGAGGCUGCCCGCACUGGGAACGUGGCCGUGGUGGACAAGCUGCUCAGCGGCAAGAGAGGCAUCCUGGGCUCGGGCUCUGGUUCUAUUCCUUUGCCCAACCUGCUGAGCAUGUGGAAGGGCCUCAACGUCAACUGCACAGACAGCUCAGGAUACACGCCGCUGCACCACGCCGCCCUCAACGGACACAGGGAGGUGGUGCUGAAGCUGCUCCAGUUCGAGGCCUCCACCAACGUGGCGGACAGCAAGGGCUGCUUCCCGCUGCACCUGGCCGCCUGGCGGGGGGACGUGGACAUUGUGCGCAUCCUCAUCCACCACGGGCCCUCGCACUGCCACGUCAACCAGCAGAACCAUGAGAGGGAGACGGCGCUUCACUGUGCUGCCCAGUACGGACACUCCGAGGUGGUGUCAGUCUUGCUGCAGGAGCUGACCGACCCCACCAUGAGGAACAGCCGGCAGGAGACACCCCUCGACCUGGCGGCGCUGUACGGACGCCUGCAGGUGGUGUGCAUGUUGGUGAGCGCGCACCCCAACCUCAUGGGCGUGCACGGGCGGCGACACACCCCCCUGCACUUGGCCGCUCGAAACGGGCACCGCAGCACCGCGGCCACCCUGCUGGAGGCCGGCAUGGACGUCAACUGUCUGACGGAGAAUGGCAGCGCCCUCCACGAGGCCGCCCUCUUUGGGAAAAUGGAUGUUGUUCGCCUUCUGCUCGACUCAGGGAUUGACACUAAUCUGAGAGAUAGCCACGGGAGAACAGCGCUGGAGAUCCUGAGAGAACAUCCCGCUCCCAAAUCCCAGCAGAUCACGGCUCUUAUCCAAGAAUAUGUGACCGACGACAUGGAGAGGCGGAGCCUCGUGGGCGAGCCGGUACGCAAGUGUCCCGUCCCCGCGCCCAGAACCUCCAUCUCCUCGCCGUCGGCGUCCCCGUCCCUCCGACACAAGAAUGAUGCCGUGACCAGCGAGCUGUCCAAGCUGCUCCAUGAGAUCAAAAAGUGCCGGGAUAGAGACUACUCCUUCGAGGAGCUCUGCCACACCAUCUCCUCACACUCCAUGGACAGCUUCGGUAGCGGGCGGCUCUCGGACGACGAGCGCCCGGACGCGGCGCCCAACGGCACCCUGACUCGGGCCACCAAGCGUCCCACCCCGCCCCUCCUCGCCACCGCCCAGGAAGAGGAAGACGAGUCGGACAGGAGUUGCGGCCCGGCGGGAUUCUGGGAAGCGUUGACCCCCUGCAACGGCUGCCACAACCUGGGCUUCUCCAACCUGUCGCAGGACUCAAACAAACGCUCGGCGGAAGUGGUCGCCUCGCCGUCGCUGGACGUCUUCCUCCCCGAGGACGAGGACAACCCUUACGAGUCCGUCACCACCGCCGUCACGCGUAAACCCUGCUCGCUGGACAUCAGCCAGCACCUCAACGCCUGUCCACGCAACGGUCACUUGUCCCAUGCAGCGGGAGCCAGUGAUGGGGAGCACGGUAACCAUGGACACCGCUCCACCGGCCCCACUCCAGACUGCUCGCCCCCGUCCCCCGACACGGCCCUGAAGAACAUCGAAAGAGUCAUCCGCCCACAGCCCAAACAGCGCACCUCCCUGUCGUCGUCGCUGGACGUCCAGCGGCCCGUCAACCACAGCUGCGAGCCCAGCGAGGUGAGCUCAUCCCUGGGGUAUGCCAGCUUCAGCACCAGCCCCCCGGCCAGCCCUCCCUUUAGCCCCAACCAGGACCAGGACUCGGCCGGGUCCGACAACGACUGUCCCCUCGCAGACGAGGCGCCCUACGCUUCCUCCAAUGCUCCGCUAGAGGACCGCAGGAAGAGCCGCAUCCCGGAGGAGUUUGCGGGCCUCCUCCACGGGUCUUCUCCGGCCUGCGAGACCCCCGACACGCCUUACCACCUCUACAGCCCCAAACCCCGCCAACCCAACCUGCAGACGCCAGAUUUCAGCAUCACGAUCGCAGGAUCUCCAUCAUCGCCGUCGCCAUCAAACCAGAGGACCACCAGCAGCCCCCAGAAACCCCAGGUGGUCUAUCGGACUGUGUUCCACACCAGAGUCAACCAGGAUCAAGCCAGGCCGAGGCUAGUGGACUGUUCCCGGGUAGGCGGCUCCUCCCCUUCUGGAACUAAUAGCGAGCUACCAGAGUGUGCAGGCAGCGUCUCCAGGGGCGGUGCGUCGGGUCCUGGCUACGAGGAGAGGGCCUGCACCCUGGGGAGGAUGAGGUCCAUGCCCCGUAGCGUGUUGGACCUGCAGAUGUCCAAAUCCCUGUCCAAGUCUGACUCCAACCUGGUUGCCGUGUCUCCCAUCCAGGAGGAAAAUAUUUGUUAUUCUGGAUCUCGAGGCCAAAGUUCCGGAAGUCCGGGUACCGCCGGCGGGGGCAGCACUCCGGCUGGGAAGCUGGAAAGAACGCCGUCCUUCACGGCCGAAUGGGAGGAGAUCGACAAGAUUAUGAGCUCUAUCGGGGCGGGAAUCGGCAGCGGAAUGGACGUGAAGACCGACGCUACGGGUCCCCGCUGCCCGCUGCAGUCCGUGGGCCAGUGGCUCGACUCCAUCGGCUUGGUCCAGUACGAGAACCACCUGCUGGCCAACGGCUUUGACAACGUCCAGUUCAUGGGCAGCAACGUGGUGGAGGACCAGGACCUGCUGGAGAUCGGCAUCCUCAACUCGGCACACAGACAGCGCCUCCUGCAGGCCAUACGGCUGCUGCCCAGGGUGAGGCCGGUCGGCUACGAUGGCAACAACCCCACGUCGGUGGCCGAGUGGCUGGAGUCCCUGGAGCUGGGCGACUACACCAAGUCCUUCCUGGUCAACGGCUACACGUCCAUGGAGCUGGUCAAGAAGAUCUGGGAGAUCGAGCUCAUCAACGUUCUGAAGAUUAGUCUCAUCGGCCACAGGAAGCGGAUCUUAGCCUCGCUGGGCGACCGGCUACACGAGGACAUCCCUCAGAAACCUCCGCGGGCCAUCUCCCUACGGGAGCCCGGCGGGAACCACACCCCCCCGCAGCUCAGCCCGGCGGCCUACACGGCGGCGGGCAUCCCUGGCGGAUCGCUGGACGUGCAGCACCUCAUCAUGCAGGCGGACGCGCGGCGCCGGCAGCGCAGCAACGACAACUACUUUGAUGACGUGCCGCGGUCCAAACUGGAGCGGCAGAUGGCCCAAGUCAGCAUGGCAGGCGAGUGGUGCGAGCCGAUCACGUUGCGUCCGCCAAACGAGGCCACCUCGUCCACGCCGGUGCAGUACUGGCAGCAUCAUCCCGAAAAACUCAUCUUUCAGUCGUGCGACUACGAAGCCUACUAUCUGGGCUCCAUGCUGGUGAAGGAGCUGAGAGGAACCGAGUCCACGCAUGACGCCUGUGCCAAGAUGAGGAAGUCGACGGAGCAGAUGAAGAAAGUGCCGACCAUCAUCCUGUCCGUGUCCUACAAGGGAGUCAAGUUCAUCGACGCCACUAACAAGAACAUCAUCGCAGAACACGAAAUCCGCAACAUCUCGUGUGCGGCUCAGGACCCCGAGGACCUGUCCACGUUCGCCUACAUCACCAAAGACCUCAAGUCCAGCCACCAUUAUUGCCACGUCUUCACCGCCUUCGAUGUGAACUUGGCGUACGAGAUCAUCCUGACGCUGGGCCAGGCCUUCGAGGUGGCGUACCAGCUGGCCCUGCAGGCGCGGAAGAGCGGCCACGGCUCGUCCACGCUGCCCGAGAGCUUCGACAGCAAGCCCAACAAACCCGUGCCCAAGCCCCGCGUCAACAUCCGCAAAUCUGUCAUCAUGCCCCCCUCCAGCCGCUGGUCACUGGGCCACAUUUACACCCCCCACCGGCCUCCUCUCCACCCUCCUCUUCCUCCCUCCCGACUCUUCCAUCUUCCUCCCAAAGCUCAGUCGCAGAUGGAGCAGCCGUCCAUGGAGCAGAAGGGCCACGCCAACGUGCCGUGGAUAGUGGAACCGGGUCAGGAGGCCAAGAGAGGAGUCAACACCAAGGCAGUGGCGGACGCUCAUGUCUUUUACUGCGGGAAUCAAAGAAUGUAGCCAGCCGUAAACACGGACCUUGUCACGCUUAGAACGCAAAAAAAAAAAAAAAAAAAAACGAAAAAAAAAAGAAAGAAAAA